AUGGACCCAGCUACUGUCAAUAAAGUACUUUCCGAAGAAUUCACAGACGUUGCUGUUCCUGAAGUUCUGGAAAAGGAAGCUGGUACGACUACUGCCGUUGGCCCUGCGUUGACUACAUCUUCCCCAGCCCCCUCUUACAUUGAAUUGAUCGACCCGGGUGUGCGCAACAUUGAAAUUUACGCAGAACAGUACAGCCGUCCUCUAUACCGUGUCGGCUUGUUCUUCUCACUUUUCCUUAUUGCCUAUGCUUACGGGUUAGAUGGUAGUGUCCGUUACACUUUCCAGGCGUAUGCUACUUCUUCGUACUCUAAGCACUCCCUAUUGUCAACUGUCAAUUGUAUUAAAACUGUUAUUGCUGCGGUAGGUCAAAUCUUUUUUGCAAGACUAUCUGAUAUUUUUGGCAGAUUCUCCAUACUGAUUAUCAGUGUCAUCUUUUAUAUUGUGGGGACGAUCAUUGAAUCACAAGCAGUGACGAUCACUAGAUUCGCUGUUGGUGGCUGCUUUUACCAAUUGGGUCUUACCGGUGUCAUUUUGAUUCUGGAGGUUAUUGCCUCAGAUUUUUCCAAUUUGAACUGGAGAUUGCUAGCUUUAUUUGUUCCCGCUUUGCCAUUUAUCAUUAACACCUGGAUCAGUGGGGACGUAACAAGCGCUAUAGGCAGUAACUGGAAAUGGGGUAUCGGUAUGUGGGCUUUCAUUUUGCCUUUAACUUGUAUUCCAUUGGGUCUCUGUAUGUUGCACAUGAGAUAUUUGGCAAGAAAACAUGCAAAAGAUAAAUUGAGACCCGAAUUUGAAACCUUGAAUAAACUAGACUGGAAGUCCUUCUGCGUUGACAUAGUUUUCUGGAAAUUGGACUUAAUUGGCCUUUUGCUAGUGACUGCAUUCUUCGGAUGUGUGUUGGUUCCAUUUACCUUAGCCGGUGGCUUAAAUGAAGAAUGGAAAGCUGCUCACAUUAUUGUACCUGAAGUCAUCGGUUGGGUAGUGACGUUACCACUAUAUAUGUUAUGGGAAAUUAAUUAUUCAAGGCAUCCAUUAACACCAUGGGAUUUAAUUAAAGACAGAGGGGUUUUCUUUGCCUUGUUUAUUGCUUUCUUCAUUAAUUUCAAUUGGUACAUGCAAGGUGACUAUAUGUAUACUGUGCUAAUCGUCUCUGUUCAUGAAUCCGUCAAGUCAGCCACGAGAAUCACCUCCUUGUACUCAUUUGUUUCUGUUAUUGUUGGUACAAUCCUUGGAAUUAUAUUAAUUAAGGUGAGAAGAACUAAACCCUUCAUCAUAUUCGGUAUUUCUUGUUGGAUUGUUUCAUUCGGUCUUUUGGUCCAUUACCGCGGUGACUCAGGCGCACAUUCAGGUAUAAUUGGUUCUUUAUGCCUAUUAGGUUUUGGUGCAGGUUCAUUUACCUAUGUGACACAGGCUUCCAUUCAAGCUUCUGCUGGAACUCACGCGAGAAUGGCGGUAGUAACUUCAUUGUACUUGGCUACCUAUAAUAUUGGUUCUGCAUUCGGCAGUUCUGUUAGCGGUGCUGUCUGGACCAAUAUUUUACCAAAGGAAAUCUCAAAGAGAAUUGCUGAUCCCACGUUGGCUGCAACAGCGUACGGCUCGCCUUUCGAAUUUAUUACCACUUACACAUGGGGUACACCAGAAAGAAUUGCUUUGGUCAUGUCUUAUCGUUAUGUUCAAAAGAUCUUAUGUAUCAUAGGUUUGGCAUUCUGUUUCCCCUUAUUAGGCUGUGGAUUCAUGUUGAGAAAUCACAAAUUAACAGAUACUAUUGCGCUUGAAGGCAACGAUUUCUUGGAGAGCAAAGACAAUAAUGAAAUUGAGGAAAAGGAAGAGACUUCCCUAAAAACUAGAUUUUUGGCCCAGUUCACAAGUAAAGUGAAAGAAAAUUAG